AUGAAGUGCGAAAAACUUAUCAGAAGUGUCCUGAAGGUUCUUCGCCCAACUAGUCUAAGUGCUCCCAAUGCUAUUGAAUCUAGUGCGGUGAAAACUCACACCGGGCAGGCCUUUGACCCUAGGGAUUGCCGUUCUGCCAGAUUCAUGCAAUCGACAAAACUUGUUAACAAGCAAUUUGCCGUGGAACUCAUCGAAAAUGUGCCUCCCAAGCGAGUUACAGAGCGUAUCGUCGCCUGCGACGGCGGUCACGGUGCUCUGGGGCACCCUAAAGUCUACAUCAACUUGGACAAGCCCGGUCUUCACACCUGUGGCUACUGCGGUCUCCGUUAUGAAAAAGUCGGCGCCCAUUAG